ACGCGUUUAGAAGUGAAAGAAACUGUGUUUCGCAGGCUCGAAGCCUUUUCGUGAUUUGUAGCAUGCCGUUCAUGCAGUAUAGAUGUAUGGUAAUCCCCCACACUUCUUUCUUUUCUUCUCUCUCCGCUAUACUGCCGUGCGGUAUCUCUUGUCUGCCAUCCUUCUUUCGAUUCUUCUUUCUGGCCGGUCCAUCAUUUAAAUAGCCUAAUUUCUAUUUCCAUCUAUUGAGCUCGUUGUUAUCGUCAUCAUGUACGGACUCAUCACCCUCUCGCUGCUUUCUCUUACUUCGGCUUUGCCACAACGCAACCGCGGCGGUAACGGCAACGGACAACAAGCGACGGCCUUUCAAAAAGCGGCUCAGGUGCCCCAGGGAAUCUCUACUGCCACCGAUGGCUCUAUGAUCCUAGACGACACGGUCAUGGUCAACAACCUGCCUAUUCGAUUCAAGAUCUCCGCACCGGCAGACCAAUUCCUUCCUGCUUCGGGUGUCCCCGGUGCGGCAGCUACGUCGGCGAACGGCACCCUGGGCGCGAACGUGUUGCUCCAUGGCGACGGCGGACAAAGUUUCUUCGACAUGCCAAACCAAGCUGUGCAAGCCAACACCAUGGGUGUUGCGCUUCUGGCGCCCGACAAGAAUCUGUUCUGGGGAGGAGGCGCAGGUCUUCAACGUACAGAUGGUGUAGCACACGCUCAGGCCGUCAACGACUUCAUCCAGACGGAGCUGCCGCAACGGGUCGCAGUUAACAUGUCCAACAUCGUCUUCACUGGUGUCUCGGGCGGCUCGCUGAUGAUGUCCGGCUUCUUCAUCCCAGCACAGAUGCAAAACUACGCCAACUCAGCUGUCGAGCUUAACUGCGGUGGCAUGCCGCCGCAAGUCGCUUUCCAGAACGCUGCCACAGUCAUGUCUCAGACAAGAAUACACUUCCAAUCUACACAGAGUGAGCUCCAGUUGCUCCAGGAUAGUAUUCCGCAGGCUGUUGCAGCCUAUGAGCAGCUUGGUGCAGAUGCAGGUUUGAGCGCGGCUCAGGUCAACACAUUGCAGACAGUGGACAACACACCUGCGGGAGGACAUUGCGAGUUUGACGGCCAAGACUUCGUUUCUGGAGUACAGACCAUGUCGUCGAGCUAUGCGAGCGUCAUGCAGGGCGGUAACGGCGCGGUGCAAGGCAUUGGUGCGCCGAGCACUGGCGUAGUCACGACGGGUGUUGUUGGGAACGAGAACUUGAAGUUCGUUGGUGGGCAGAGGAAGCGUGAGGUUGAGGCGAGGAGUAUGAUACAGAUGCGAUGGGCGCAGGACGUUGUCGAGGAGGCGGACUUCCAGAUGCUUGCGUGCGAUAGAAGUUCGUGCUCAGCCGAUGAGCCUAGGGUCUAGAUGUGCGUGGGUUUAGUACAUAAUUCCUGUCUCCAUGUCAGAUCAAUCAACAGAGUCCGACCAUCGCAGACAGUUUCCUUGACGCGCUUCUUGUGCUGCUAGUCCUGUUGGUGCACUGCCAGCAAAUCAUUUAUCCGUCACUGCAAUGAGG